GUGGCUAGGCCGCUGGGAUCCCCCAGCUGGGGACUUCCUCUUCCUCUCAGAGCAGGUGUAGCUGCCACAGCGUGACAGGGACUACACCCUGACCCCUAACAUGGAGGGGGCCAAGGGGCCCAGGCUCAGAGACUUCCUGAGUGGGAGUCUGGCCACCUGGGUGCUGGGACUGGCUGGGCUGGUGGGGGAGGCAGAAGAAUCAGGGGGAACAGAGGAGGAGGAGGAGGAAGAGGGAGAGGAGGAGCCUUUUUGUACAGAGAAGAGAUUCCUGAGGCUGAGCGAAGGGGCCUUACUCCUUCGGGUGCUAGGCAUCAUUGCUCCCAGCUCCCGAGGAGGACUUAGGAUGGUCAGGGACCGUGACGGUCCUGCAGCCUGUCGGAUGUGGAACCUCCGUCAUCUGUGGGGGCGGCUGAGGGAUUUCUACCAGGAGGAACUGCAGCUGCUGAUCCUGUCACCGCCCCCAGACCUCCAGACACUGGGGUCUGACCCAUUCUCAGAAGAGGCAGUGGAUGAGCUGGAAGGCAUCCUUCGGCUGUUGUUGGGGGCCUCAGUGCAGUGUGAACACCGGGAGCUCUUCAUCCGUCACAUCCGAGGCCUCAGCCUUGAUGUCCAGAGCGAGCUGGCUGUUGCAAUCCAGGAGGUGACCCAGCCUGGUGCUGGUGUGGUACUGCCUCUGGCUGGCCCAGAGCCUGGAGAGCUGGCGGCUGCGGAGCUGGAGAUGCAGUUAAGGAGCCUGACGGGGAUGAUGUCCAAAUUAGUGCGAGAGCGUGAUCUGGGGGCACAGCGGUUGGCUGAACUGCUGCUGGAGAGGGAGCCAGCCGGCUUGCUGUUGCCAGAGGCUCCUGCUAAAGCUUCUGCGGAGGGUCCCUCGCACCAUCUGGCUCUGCAGUUGACCAAUGCCAAGGCCCAGCUGAGACGCCUGCGGCAGGAGGUGGAGGAGAAGGCCGAGCUGCUGCUGGACUCCCAGGCCGAGGUGCAGGGCUUGGAGGCUGAAAUUCGAAAGCUCCGCCAGGAGGUCCAGGCGUUGUCCGGACAAGCCAAGCGGGCAGAGCUCUAUCGCGAGGAGGCAGAGGCACUGCGCGAGAGGGCCGGCCGCCUGCCGCGCCUGCAGGAGGAGCUGCGGCACUAUCGUGAGAGGCUUCAGGCAGCCGAGGUCUUCAGGAGUCGGCUGGAGGAGGAGAGGGUGCUUUCUGGGGCCCUGGAGGCCUCGAAGGCCCUGCUGGAGGAACAGCUGGAGGUUGCCCGAGAGCGCUCAGCCAGGCUGCAUGAGACCCAGCGGGAGAACCUCCUGCUGCGCACGCGGCUAGGCGAGGCCCAUGCGGACCUAGACUCUCUGCGGCAUCAUCUGGAGCAGCUGGUGGAGGAGAAUGUGGGGCUGGAGCUGGAACUUCAGAGGAGUCUGGAGGCAACCCCACGCUCCCCUGGUGAGGCUCCCCUACCGGGAGCAACACCCUCACUGCAAGAUGAGGUGAGGGAAGUGGAGGCUGGGCGCCUGAGGACAGUGGAACAGGAGAACCGGGAGCUUCGCGAUCUGCUGCAGAUGCUCAGCAGGCAGCUGGGCAGCCAGCACCCUCUGCUGGAGGAGCAGGGCAAGGAGUCCAUGCUGCCAGUGCCCAGUGGUGCUCCUGCAACUCCCCUGGCCCCAGGCCACAGCCUCAGAAGCCAGGCUUGCCAGAUAGGAGGUGAAGGCCCUGAAUCUUUGGACUUGCCUUCCACAACAUUAGACUCUGACGUCACAAGGUCAUCUGAGUGUUCCCAGGCACCUGGUUCACACCCAGAGGCAGAGCAUCCUUUCCAGAUGGUUUCUCCGGAUCCCCACACCUCAGACCUAACUCCACAAGAGUCAGACCCUACUGUGGAGACACUUGAGUCCCUGGAGAAGUCCAGUCAUAGAAUCUCUCUCCGGAGCCCCAUUGUCUGGGCCCCUCCACAGGGUCCAGAGAUCAGAACUGAUGUGCAGGAGUUGCUAGGAGAGACUGGAAGCAAGGAGGCUCUCAAAGAGGAGUUGGUACCCAAGGCCGAGGUCGUGCAACAGGAGAGCGCUGAGUGCAGGUCCAGAUCUUCAGGGUUCAUCCUCCUGGAGCCGCUGAAGGAUCAGGAGACCCUGAAUCAGGGGCCAGAACUGUCCGAACAGCAGACAGAGGCAGGAGGGCAUGAACAGAGGCCCAAGGGGCUGGUCAGUAAACAGAUCCCUCAGAAGCCACAGCAAACAUCAGAAGGAGCUCCUGCUGCCUGGUCUGGGGAGGAGCCAGUCUCAGAGGAGACCCUGGCCAGUGCUGUCCCAGAGGAGCAGGCCAUCAGAGCAGAGGUGGCACAACUAAGGAGGGAGGUUAUGGACCUUGAAGCUAAACUGCAAACCCAGGCCCAAAGACUGGAGGCCCGGCGUGCGGAAGCAGUCUGCCUGUCUGAGGAGCUGGCCCGAGCACGCAAAGCAGAGGCUGAGGCCCACCAGGAGGCAGAGGCCCAGGCUCGAGAGCAGGCCUGUCUGCGCGAAGCAGUGGAUACAGCCAGCCUGGAGCUGGAGGCUGUGUCUCGGGAGCGAGAGGCGCUGGCAGAGGCACUCGCAGCAGCAGGCCGGGAGCGGAGACAGUGGGAACGCGAGGGGCCCAGACUGCGGGCUCAAGUUGAGGCUGCGGAGCAGCAGGUGCAGGCUCUGGAGAGCCAGGUCCGAUGUCAUCUGGAGAAGGCUGAGAGGGAGCACCUGGAGAAGCAAGCCCUUAGGGAGGAGCUGGAGAAGGCCGUAGCCCGGGGCCAGGAGCUGGGGGCCCGGCUGGAGCACCUGCAGGGAGAAUUGGACCAGGCAGCCUUGGAGCGCCAGAAGUUCCUUCGAGAACAGGAGAGCCAGCACCAGAGGUACCAGGGUCUGGAGCAGCGGCUAGAAGCUGAGCUACAGGCAGCUUCGGCCAGUAAGGAGGAAGCAUUGAUGGAGCUCAAGGCCAGAGCCCUGCAGUUGGAGGAGGAGCUGAUUCAGCUGCGCCAGUACCCCGUGGGCCUGGUGACUGAGGCGCAAACUGAGCCUCGGACUGUGGAAACCCAGAACGGUCGGCUCAUUGAGGUGGAGCGAAGUAAUGCCACACUGGUGGCUGAGAAGGCGGCUCUGCAGGGGCAGCUGCAGCACCUGGAGGGGCAGCUGGGGAGCCUGCAGGGACGUGCACAGGAGCUCCUGCUGCAGAGUCAGCGGGCGCAGGAGCACAGCAGCCGUCUGCAGGCUGAAAAGUCUAUGAUGGAGGUUCAGGGCCAGGAGCUGCACAGGAAACUGGGGGUGCUAGAAGAAGAGGUGCGGGCAGCCCGACGGGCCCAGGAAGAGACUCGUGGGCAGCAGCAGGCUCUGCUUCGGGACCAUGAGGCCCUGGCUCAGCUGCAGCGAAGGCAAGAGACGGAGCUUGAGGGACUGUUGGUGCGACACCGAGAUCUCAAGGCCAAUAUGCGUGCACUGGAGCUGGCCCACCGUGAGCUUCAGGGCCGGCACGAGCAGUUGCAAGCCCAGAGGGCCAAUGUGGAAGCACAAGAGGUGGCCCUCCUGGCAGAGCGUGAGCGCCUGAUGCAGGAUGGGCAUCGGCAGCGGGGCCUGGAGGAGGAACUGCGGAGACUGCAGAAUGAACACGAGAGAGCUCAGAUGCUACUGGCUGAGGUAUCUCGGGAGCGAGGGGAGCUCCAGGGUGAACGCGGGGAGCUGCGGGGCCGCCUGGCGAGGCUGGAGCUGGAGCGAGCACAGCUUGAGAUGCAGAGCCAGCAGCUGCGUGAGUCCAACCAGCAGCUGGACUUGAGCGCCUGUCGGCUGACCACACAGUGUGAGUUGCUGACCCAGCUUCGCAGCGCGCAGGAGGAGGAGAACAGGCAGCUGUUAGCUGAGGUACAGGCCCUGAGCCGGGAGAACAGAGAGCUGCUGGAGCGCAGUCUGGAGAGUAGAGACCAUCUGCAUCGAGAGCAGCGAGAAUACCUGGACCAGCUCAAUGCCUUGCGCCGUGAGAAGCAGAAGCUGGUGGAGAAAAUCAUGGACCAGUACCGUGUGCUGGAACCUGGGCCCCUGCCCCGCACCAAGAAGGGCAGCUGGCUGGCAGACAAGGUGAAGAGGCUGAUACGGCCCCGGCGGGAGGGGGCCCUCCAUGGGGGGCCACGCCUGGGGGCCGAUGGGGCUGGCAGCACCGAGAGCCUGGGGGGCCCCUUGGAGACGGAGCUCCCUGAGGGCAGGGAGGCAGAUGGGACAGGGUCCUCUUCACCGACACCCAUGCGCCGUGUCCAGAGCUCUCUCUGCUUGGGAGACGAGACCCUGUCAGGUGGGCAGCGGCGAAGACUCAGCUCCCGGUUCCCUGGGGGGCGAAGCUCUGAGUCAUUUAGUCCAGGGGACACCCCAAGGCAGCGGUUCCGGCAGCGCAGGCCAGGCCCACUGGGGGCAGCCAGCGCCCACAGUAAAGGAUCUGGUGUGGAAUGGGACGGUUCCAUUAAGACCCCCCCAGAACCUGAAGCAGAUGCCGGUCGAGAGGGUGAGUCGGGGAGUGGUCAGAGUCCCCGGAAGGGAGGCCAGGAGGCCUCUGGCGAAGGUGCAGCUCUCAGAUGCAAUGGAGACUCAGGUUAUUGGAGAGUCCAGGACAAGGAAGUGAAUGCCGCGGAGAGCAGCAGCUGUGGAUAG